GUGAGUGUGCGUCGGGACGGGGGGGCACGGAACGCACGGAACUGCUGUAGGGUCGACGAAUAAUUGGAGAUGAAGAAGAUGGAAAAUAAACCAGCGGUUUUAGAAUUGUAGCGGUAAAUUGAUAAUAGAACAAUUAUUUGUAGCCUCGCUUUAAAGCGAAUGUUAUAUGAGAACCCUUGGAGAAAGUGCUUUAAUCGCAGUGAGGUAGCGAAUGUAGGGAGAGCUGGGGAGGGCUGUAGCUGCUGGUUUUUUUUGGAGAGGGAAAACAACAUGGCUGCGGUGGAGCUCGAAUGGAUCCCAGAAACACUGUACAACACGGCUAUCUCGGCUGUGGUGGACAACUACAGCCGGUCAAGAAGGGACAUACGGUCGCUCCCAGAAAAUAUACAGUUCGAUGUAUAUUAUAAGCUUUACCAGCAGGGCCGGCUCUGCCAGCUGGGAGGAGAGUUCUGUGAGCUGGAGGUGUUUGCUAAAGUUCUGCGAGCUUCAGACAAAAGACACCUCCUGCACCACUGCUUUCAAGCGCUAAUGGACCACGGUGUGAAAGUGGCCUCGGUUCUGGCGAACUCCUUCAGCCGCCGCUGCUCCUACAUCGCAGAGUCUGACGCCCAUGUCAAAGAGAAGGCCAUCCAGUUCGGCUUUGUGCUCGGUGGCUUCUUGUCGGAUGCUGGCUGGUAUGGAGAUGCAGAGAAAGUGUUUUUGUCGUGCCUGCAGCUGUGCACGCUCCAGAGUGAAGUCCUCCACUGCUUCAGGGCUGUAGAAUGCUGUGUCAGGCUCCUUCAUGUCCGUAAUGGCAACUGUAAGUACCACCUGGGGGAGGAGACCUUCAAGCUCGCUCAAUCCUACAUGGACAAACUCGCCAAACAUGGCCACCAGGCCAACAAGGCAGCGCUGUACGGCGAGCUGUGUGCCUUGCUCUUCGCCAAAAGCCACUAUGAUGAGGCAUACCGGUGGUGUAUAGAGGCCAUGAAGGAAAUCACUCCAGGGCUGCCUGCCAAAGUAGUGGUUGAUGUCCUCCGGCAAGCUUCUAAGGCCUGUGUGGUGAAGAGAGAGUUCAGGAAAGCCGAGCAGCUGAUCAAACAUGCAGUGUUUCUAGCGAGAGAACAUUUUGGCCACAAGCACCCCAAAUACUCCGACACGCUUCUAGAUUACGGAUUUUACUUAUUAAACGUAGACAACAUAUGCCAAUCAGUUGCUAUAUACCAGACGGCGCUGGACAUCCGACAGUCUGUGUUUGGGGGGAAGAACAUCCACGUUGCCACCGCCCAUGAAGACCUCGCCUACUCCUCAUAUGUGCACCAGUAUAGCUCUGGGAAAUUUGACAACGCACUAUUUCAUGCAGAACGUGCCAUAGACAUCAUAACUCACAUUCUUCCCGAGGACCAUCUGCUGCUGGCCUCCUCCAAAAGAGUCAAAGCUCUGAUUCUGGAGGAAAUCGCCAUCGACUGCCACAAUAAGGAGACAGAGGAGCGCCUCCUUCAAGAGGCUCAUGACCUUCAUCUGUCCUCCUUGCAGCUGGCCAAGAAGGCCUUUGGAGAGUUCAACGUCCAGACCGCCAAACACUACGGCAACCUGGGACGACUCUACCAGUCCAUGAGGAAGUUCAAGGAGGCGGAGGAGAUGCACAUCAAAGCCAUCCAGAUCAAGGAGCAGCUUCUGGGCCAUGAGGACUACGAAGUGGCUCUGUCUGUGGGUCACCUGGCCUCCCUCUACAACUACGACAUGAACCAGUACGACGACGCAGAGCGGCUCUACCUGCGCUCCAUCGCUAUCGGUAAGAAGCUGUUUGGAGAGGGCUACAGUGGGCUGGAGUACGACUACAGAGGCCUGAUCAAACUCUACAACUCAGUGGGAAACUACGAGAAGGUGUUUGAAUACCACAACGUACUGUCCAACUGGAACAGGCUGAGGGACCGGCAGUUUGCCGUGGCAGACGCCCUGGAGGACGUCAACACUACGCCCCAGCAGACCCAGGAGGUGGUACAAGCUUUCCUAUUGGCCCAGAGCAUGGGCCCCACCCGGCCCUGUCUCGGCUGAUUCCACAAAGAAAAAUGAAAGACAUGUGGGCUUAAGCCUGAUGAGGACACUUACUGAGCCCAAAUGUGUUGGGUUCAGUAGUAAUGCACAGAAAAUUCAAGCAUCAUCGGCGAGUCGGUUGGCUUUACGGUCACUGCAGCUGCUAGUACACACACACACAGACAUACACACACACAUUUAGUCGUGGAAUAAAAACGUAGAGAAGAGACUGUUAUCAAACCUCAUCGACAUUCACAAAAAACCACCAAGAUGCAACUCCAGGCUGGAAGCAGCGUCACCCCACAGAGCAGACUGUUGUAUUACUCCGAGAGAAAGAGGAAAUCGAGAAAAAGAAGGAAACCUCAAGCAUCCUGUAAGGGUGAUCUCUUCUCUCGUCUCGCUCGCCUUUUUCGUUUCAAUUUAGCUUUUUGUAUUUGAACCAGUGUAGCUCUGAAUGCCAUGAGAUUCAUCAUCACAGAUCCAACAACCAUGUUCUCCAGGGCUAUUUACACCACAGUAUCUGGCCCCUCAGCCAUCUGUGGAAAACCAUUUUUAACACACAUCCAUCAUCAACAUCAUCAUUUGGUGGAUCAGCGAUGGAAAAUGUCAGCUUUUUUUGACACUUGUACAGUAAAAUAAUACAGCCGAUUGUACACUUGUUUUUUUUUUCCUUUGCAAAAAAGAAAAGAAAGUGGACCCUUAGGAACUCGUGUUGUGGACUGCUUGUUGGAGAGAGAUUACAAACAGUGGAAUGUGUUCAACCUGUUGGUAUAUUGUUACACAUAAAAGACGCUUCACAGUUCUUGUUUCAAUAUAUUUAAUCUUUUUUUCUCCAGCUUAGUACUGAAAAUAAUUAAAAUGCCAACAAUUGAUAUACAAAA